CUGUGGCGGCAAAUAAUUUGUUUUGUUUCUAAUUGGAUAGUACGUUGUGGAGUUGUAUGCAUGACAACUACUUACAAUACUAAAGUCACAAAAUUAAAUUUUCGCGCUCUUUUUGUACAACUCCUUUUCAUACAACUACGGCCCAAGCGAGUAAAUUGAGUAAAUUGUUGUUACUUGUUGUUGGACGAGCGACUGCAAGAAUGGUUUGAUCGCGUUCGAAAUGUGACAAAAGCACAGUUUACAUAUCUUCGGAAGCCAACUGAUUUUGAUACAAUCAAGAUGCUCUCGGACAUUGAGACGUCCCAGCUCACAGGGCUGUUGACAGAAUUGAGCGUUCAGGACAUCCAGGCCCUGGUGAAAACGGUCACGAAUACGCUGAUGAUACCCAAAGACCACGAUGAGGCUGUGAAAAUCAUUCUGAGGUAUUCUCCGUCAGUUUCGUCCGUGCUGAGCCGGCAGAAGAUCACAAAGGAAGUGAUUUUUCGCCACUGCCACAAAAUGAGCGUUAAGGGUCUGAAUCCUGGAAUGACCAAAGCUAAAAUGAUCACACUGCUGGGUGAUCAUUGGGAGAAAGAAAAGAAAAGGAAAAGUCGCCAACUACCAGAGGAGAAGAAAAAGGGCAAAUCAAGUGGAUCAAGCGAGAGGACUGUGACCAUCGUUGUUGGGUCCAGGUCGAAGACUCCAGCUCCAGAUGCUGUCAAAGAAGAAGAUAGUGAGUCGUUGAAUGACAACAAAGAAAAGGAGAAUGACACAGAUGAAGAGAAGGAGACAGUUGAAGAGGAGAAAAAAAUCAAAGAAGAGAAAGAGGAUAUAAACAAAAUAAAACGCAGUGAAUCAAAGCCCUCUGCAAGCAUUGCCAACAAAAAUACUGAAAUAAUAAAGGAGCAGGUUACUGAGGAGAUGAGUGACCAUGUGGACCAAUCAAAUCAGAUUUCUCUCAAUGCUGGAACCCUCUAUGGCAACCAACUUCAAAUCUAUCACCAAUUUCCUUCCAGCACCCUGCAACUUUUCUCUGAGACUUUCGUAAAAUGGUUUUAUGAUUUGCUCAACAAGGGAGUUUCUGAUAGUGGUCAAAAGUUUGGUCCAGAACACUUCUGGCCCGACAGCUACCUCAGUAUCAAAGUCACUGGUCCAAAUCUGAAUGCCAUAGAGGAAAGACAAACUGGUCAGGAUUCGUGCAAUCUUCUCUGUCAGAUGAGGAACCACUUUGAUGUGAUUCUUAAUCCAAACAUCUCUGCAGAUGGUGUUGUCUCGCGAACCGAAAACCACGGACUGAUAAAUAUUGUGGUCUGCGGCACUGCUCACAGGAAUGAUCUUUGUGUUGGCUUUUUCGAGCAGAGCUUCCUACUAAUCAGAGAUCCAUCCAUGGAAAACAAUUGGAGAGUCAAAAAGUCUCUAAUGCAAAUGAAGACUACCAUAGAUGGUAAGUCUGGAAAGCCUGACGUCAGUACCACAAAAUACUUCAUUCCCUUGAUUCUCUAAAUGACUGAUUAGAAGUUGACCUAAGACACAUUUGGUUUUAGUUCAAAGGAUUUGAUUCCGGCUGUCAAUAACACAAGAGGCUAGUGCCAUACAAACAACAAGUGAUUUAAGAAAAUAAGAAGAUAAUUAUAGUAAUUAUUAAACUAACAAAGAAGCAUGUAAAUAAUGCAAAAGUGCCUCCAAUGAUCUGCAUUCUAAUCAUUAUGACUGAUACUUUUUGUGUGCAUCCUAAUUGUUUAUAAUCGGCUCAUUACCCGAUGGAAAAUAUAAAUUAAUGAAAAAACAGAAGCAAACAGGAAGAAAUUUUCAUAGAUAAAUUAGAUGAAUUAUCAACAGAAUUAACUUCAUGGUAAUUGUGUCUGAAUUGACAUUGUUGUAUUGAAAAUGGGUCAGAUUGAUUUUUGUGGCAGUCAUUAAAAUUCAACAUAAUUGAUAAAAAUUUAAAUAUUUGGUUGUAAAAUAAUUUUUGGGGCAUUGCUUUCAACAUGGCUAUCCCAGGAUUUCAUGGAAAAUCUCCCAUUAAAAUACCUUUUACGUUUAUGUAAUUCUGGUUUUAUUAAGUUGAUCUCUCUAAAAUUCUUCUCUUAAUUUCAUUUGACAUCAAUUCGCGUUCUCUUCGUGCUCCUUUCAUUAUUGCUCUGUUUUCGGCAGCUCUUCUUGCCAGGUAAGGAAUAACCUGGUGAAGACUGCCAAAUGCCACCGACUUGUAGACCAAGUAAUUGGCUUGUGCUGAAAUUUUUGAUUUUGUACAAUUCAUUUUUACAUUUAUGAAUAAAUUUGCGACAAAAAUA